UGACUAAAUUAUAAAAUUUAAACAACAAAUUAUACCUGUCCAGUUGCUAAUGUAUUGAAAAUCGCAAUAAAAAACCAUGGAUAAGCCUUUAGACUCACCGUUAAAAGACCAUAAUAUGAAUCGCGACAGUAAUGAUAACAUUCCAGAACUGCUUUUCAGCGUAGAUAUAAAGGUUGAAAAAGAAGCAGAAACAAAAGACGACGAAGACUGGUGUGUAGAUAAUUUUGCAGCCGGCAAUCUUCUGGAGCCGUUGUUCUUUACACAAGCGACGGAACCCAAGGGCGUGCAAUGUUCGCUGUGUUUCAGAUAUUUCUUGGACCGAUUCAAUAUCUACAAACACAAUUUAACCCACCUUCAAGUCACUAUCAUCAAUCCAGCGUGCUUCCAAUGCGAUAUCUGCAACUCCUUCUUCGCAAACAUUAAGUCUAUUGAGCGUCAUAUGCCGUCACAUAACAAAAGUAUAACCAACUCUUUACCAUAUAAACCUAAAGCUUGGAAAUAUAAUACAGAUGUUAAGUUGAUCAACGCCUAUGAAGAAUUUACAAUCAAGAACAGUAUUAUCAAAACAGAAAGAAAAUUAAGUGAUGGUGUAACUAACUCUCUGUCAUAUAGACCAAAAUCUGGUACUAGAUUAACAAAGAGAACGCACCAAUGUAAUAUUUGCCAAAAGGCAUACUCAUAUGGUGCCUGGCAUGGACACAUGAAUGAAGUACAUGGUAUGGGGAAUACACAUGUGACUUAUGUGAUAUGGUCUUCAAGUGCCAAAGAUAUUUGAACCGACACUUACGGAAUAAACAUUUUGGGAAGCAACCGCGGAGAUGUUUAGUAAAAAUGGAUGUGAAGUGUGACCAGUGCGAUGCUGUUUUGCAGAAUUUAAGCGCUUUAACUACGCACAGAAGGAACGUUCAUAGUGAAAAUAGACACGUGUGUGAUAUUUGUAAUUCUACUUUGAAAUGCAAGUCUUACUUGCUGGCGCAUAUGCGGAGAGUGCACGGUGAUGGGAAGAAGCAUGAAUGUGAGUGUGGGAAGGCUUUUAAAACUCAUAGGUAUUUAACAGUGCAUAAGCGGAACGCACACUCGAACAGGAAAAAAUACAAAUUAAAAUCAAAAGUAAAAACUGAAGAAUUAUGAAAAAACAUCUUAAAAUUUCAGUGCCAAAUGAAAUCAAGGACUAAGGAUUUAUUUAAUUUAAGCUGUGGCAACAGUUUAGCUGUGCGGGGCAGGAAGUUUCUGG